UAUAGAUCAUUUAUCGCUUGGUACAAUAAAGACUCGACAAGUCGCACCGAGGUCAUGUGCCCGGUACUUGAUAUAACGACAGAAGGUGAUCGGGGUUGAGUCGGUGACAUCUACCCAUGCCAUGAAACCUCAUCACAACAACAUUCAUACCAGUCGCAGGAUGUUUAAUUAAUACAGUUUAUGUGCGUCUGCAGAAAGUACUGUUGGUCAUAAAUUGUGUAAACUUCCGAAUGGGGUCUUCACCUAGUUUUCCUGUUGUCUCGCUCCCAAGGGACCGAAUCGUCGUGGUCACUGGCGGCAACACAGGUAUUGGUUACGAGACGGCUAAACACAUCGCAAUGAUGGGUGCUACGGUGAUCAUCGCAUGUCGCUCGGAACAGAGAGCCACUGAUGCCAUCAGAAGGAUGAAUGAAGAAUAUCAAGACGACAGGACAAAAGGCAAGCUGGAGGAAGGACAUAUAAAUGAAGACAAACUCCCUGUAGAGUUCAUGAAGCUGGAUCUGGCUUCUCUGAAAUCAACCAUGGACUUCAUAGAGGCAUUCAAGUCUUCCGGGCGGAAACUCCAGGUCCUGUUGUGUAAUGCUGGUCUGGCGGUUGUACCGAGAGGCCACACAGAGGAUGGGUAUGAGACGCACUUUCAGGUGAACUACCUGGGCCACUUCCUGAUUGUCGCCCAUCUUCUGCCUAUAAUGAAGACCUCGGGAGAAGACUGCAGGAUUGUGUUCACGUCAAGUCUGGCACACAAAGGAGCAAGGUUUGACCUUGAGAAGGCCCAAGCCAAAAAUCCAUCUGACUAUGGACGAAUGCUUUACUAUUCCAACUCAAAGAUGUAUCAGAUUCAACACAUGUUCUGUCUAUCACGCCGACUGAGAGGAAGUGACGUCACUGUGACGUCAAUGCAUCCGGGUACUGUCUCCACCGAGAUCACGAGGAACUACAGUGAUUUGAAGUGUUUCUCGUGCUUAGUCAGUUGUCUUGACAGUAUGAAAGUUCUACGAACGCCAUAUCAAGGGGCGGUGACGUUGGUUGACUUGGCUGUGAACCCGAAGAAUAAAGGCGUAAAGGAUGUUUACUUUGUUGACUGUAAAUCAGCGUCCAUAGCCCGACUUUCCAGAAAUGAACAAUAUCAGGAAGAUCUAUGGAACUAUUCUGUAGAGUGUCUGAAGCAAUAUCUUCCCCCAGAUAUCACUGCAUCACUGGAUGUGCCUCAAGAUGGUUACCAGUAACGACAAGAAAUUUGUACCCCAGAAACCAAAUACAUGCUCAAUCUUCAAAGGUAGACAUCGAGCGAUUACCCCAAGCGCUGCACUGUCGCCACAUGAGGUUUACAUUAUCGUGCUAUUUUGAUCGUCAUUCAGUCCUAUACACAUUGGUUAUCACUUGUAGCUAUAAUACUGGUGUCGUGUGAAGAAAACAAAUUCCAUUCUCACGUGUUAUGGCCUUUCAAUCUUUGGGUAUCGCUCGAAUGCUUCCUUUAAGGCAACUGUUAAAAAGACAAAGUUAUUAACACAAGUCAUAAUAUUCAGGAACCCGUGCAUGAACAGGACGUUUUUUGGUCUCAUCGCUAAGCCGGGCGGUCAAGCGCCUUGUUAAUAGAGCCUGUGAACAACAUGGUCGUUAGUCUGUGUUGUCAUUCGGGACCGAGUUCGGAGAUCGGGUUUUGGAGAUUGAGUUUCGACGUGGGGUUUGUGAUGGAGUUUCGAGGUAGGGUUUGUGAUGGAGUAUCGACGUGGGUUUUUUGAUGGCGGGACUCGUUUGUCCACACAUGCCGUCUUGUAGAACAUCAGAGUCCAAGGGGAUUCCCCACAGGUUAAUCUCAGGAAUACCUUGUCCUCAAUACAUUUUGUUAUUACAUGUGAUGUGACACUUGUAACGUCAGAUCAUUGUUUUGUAUAAGCCGGUCUAUUAGACAGGCAAUACUAGACUUCGUAUGCAAUAAAUUGAGUUUCCAUUUUU